AUGUCUACUAUUGUUGCACAUCCACCACCUAUACAGGCUGGACGCAGAUCAUUACAUGCCAGUCGUCGAUCAACACGAAUCCAUCUCGAUGAAUCAUCACAAAAUUCUAGAUUAACACUAUCGACUACUACAAGUGGUAAUGAUCGUCGUCAAUCACGUUUGUUUAACACAAGUUUCAAUAUCGAUAUAGAAGAGCCACAAAAAUCAUCGUCUGAACUUGUAGCAUUAUAUCAAAAAACAGCUGAAUUAAGUGCCCAAGGAAAAAUAACAGCAAAAAAUGCGUUUGAAUUUCGUUUUAUCGAAUAUCUUCCACAAAUAUUAAAUAAUAUGGCAUCAGAAAAUAAAAAAAAUGAAAUGGGACCAAAUUUUGUUAAAGCUGGUAAUGUUAUUGAUACAAGUGCAAAAAUUUAUGCGUGUCGUGUGGACGCUUUACAUAAUGAAACACAAAAAUUAAGUGGUGAUAUGUUAACAACGGAUGAAACAAAUGAACAGCGUAAAUUACCAGGUAUUGACGAUGACAAUAGUGAGAUUAACGAAAAUCAAGAAAAUAUUCAACCAACGAAGCAAAAACCUACUCGCCGUAAAAAUACCGCUAAAAUUAUUGUCACUGAUUUAUCAAAAAUAACUUUAGCUGAUGAGUUUCAUUUUCGUCCAUUACAAACAACGUCUUUGUGUCGCCCAAAUGCAACGGAACAAAAUUCAAUUCAUAAAGAAUUUGUUGCACAUAUGUAUUCCACAGGUGAUUAUUCAACAAUUGAAGGCUUUUCAAAUCCGAUUUUAAAUGAGCAAGACGAAAAAAAAAUGACAAAUCGUUGGGAAGCAUCUUUGGAGUAUAAAAAUGAUUUGAAAUGCUUAAGAGAUAUAAUUAAACCGUAUGAAAACAUUGAACAUACAUUAGGAACACAAAAAUUACGUGAUUUUACAUUUAACGAAAAUCGAACAGAUUCUUUUAUCAAUACAAUCCAUGAAAGUUCGUUAGUGGCAGAUUCUCGAUUUGGUGACGAUAGGGAAGAUAUAGGUGUUGAUGAUAACAAUGAUAUUGAUCAUGAAAAUGGAUUUUAUGAUGAAGAGUCAAAUUCACAUGACGUAUUUAUGGAUGCUCCACUUUCUGAUGUGCGACAAGAUCCAUCAACAAAUCAUGGCGAAGGUCAAUCGUCACAUUCGUUACAAAUAAAUGGCGAUUUUCCACAGUUAUUCGGCGAUGAAAUACCACAUAUGCCUCAUCCUCCAACUAUACCAACUCACUUCAUUAACGAUGAUCAAUUAUCAAAAUCAGUACUGAGUUCAACGUCAUUUGUCGAUCAAUUGCCUUAUCUGUUAAAGUUAAAAGGCGAUCAAGAAUAUAGUUUUUUUGAUGCAUCGAAACUCAAAUUAUUUGCUGGACCUAAUGUAUGGAAAUAUCAAAAUCUUAUUGAGGGUAAUUUAAGACAAGUCAUUCAUCAGCAAGCUCAAGCACCAGCAACGGCAAUAAAACGUCGUUUACGAUUUGAUAGUGGUGAAAGUCAAAGGAGUAUUUCGAGUAGACGUCGAGCUAACGAAAAAUGUGAUUUCUUCAUGGAUUGUUCAAUCAGCCGCAUACUUGGUGUUAGAUCAAAAGAAACGUCAAUGAAACGAAUAACGUUACGUUCAAGAGAAAAACAAAGUACUGAAAUAAAAUUAGCAAGAAAAUUAGUUAAAAUGAAUGAUUUGUCUUGUCCGAGUAGUUUUCCAGAUCUAAUAUUUGAAUCAUUUCAAACCAUUAUGAUGAGUAAGAAACAACGUCAAGAAAAAUUAAAUGAUAGCAAGAAUGAAGCUGUUGAUGAUUUCAAUAUGGACAAUGGAGGCGGGCAUGAUGAAGACGAUAUUGAUUUGCCAGCUGGUUUUGUGCACUAUGACGGUGUCCAAGCAACGCAAGAUGAUCACGUUUAUGUUGUUGAUCGUCCUAUUUAUUAUGAACGAAUUGAGUAUGCUAAACGCGCACAACGUCUAGAUGUUAAACAAUUGAAACGUGAAAUGUUAGAUGAAAUUCAUCGUCAAUCGCAAACGAUCAGUAGUACGGAUGCAUCAUUACCUUCUAAUAAUAUAAGUUCAGUUAGUAAUAUGAAUGGAACAUCAGAUGAUAAUAACAAACCAGUUGAAUUUGCUCAAGUUUGUGUUAAUUUAUUUGAAAAUCAAAAUCUUCAUUUGGAUAUUCAUGAUUUACCAUCAGCAUUUUAUUGUAUGUUAAUCAACUGUAAUGAAAAUAAAUUGUACAUGAAAAAUACUCAAGGUCGUGAUGAUAUUUUGAUUAGUCGAAAUCCAUUUACGAAUGUGCAAGAUACGUCAGCAUUAAGUUAUAGUCAUACAAGUAGUUCUAAUCUUUCGAUGUCGACUCUCUUAUCAUAG